AUGCAACACAACCCGCUCGGUUCUCCAUCCACCCAGGUCCUUUCCUCUCCUGUGCUUGCUCCAUCCGAUACUCCAUCCACUCAGGUCCUUUCCUUGCUUGAGGCUCACUUUCGAUGUGUCUACCCAGUCCAGGGCAGUAUUCUGUUGGAAGUUAUUCUUAACUGCUUUCAGGUAGCCUUCAAUGUGCCAUCAGGAAUGUGCAAGGUCGGUAAGGGAGGAGACUGUAUGCGAUGUGAUUGCAAAAAGCCAUUUCAAUGCUAUAAAGGCCAAUGUCGAUAA